UGCCCCCUGCACUCGAGACCCAGCCGAGCGCCGAGACCAGCUGCAGCCUUCAUGGACUGCGAGCGGGGUACAGGGUAGGUAGUACGCCAGGGUCCGAGGCCACGCGCUCUCCCAAAGACCUCCAAGGUUGAGCGCGGGCUCAGAAUGCGGUCGGAAGAAGAGUCGCGGCGUCCCCGGUGAAGGUCCCGGGUUGUAAGGUAGGGAGUAGGCAGAUGGCCAGGCAAAGUUGAUCACAGAGAGGAGGUGGUUGGCCUGCGCCCUCGGGCCGCUGGGAACCGCCGAACUGCUUGGACUUGACCCGCCGCGCCCCAGGCGCUCUGAGCAGCGCCUAUCAGUCGCCCUGCGCGGGAGCGCACUUGCAAACUUGGUGGAGGUGCCCUGCGCGUCCUGUUGUGUAACCUCAGCGCGGCCAGCUGGACCGGGAAGUUGCGCGCCCGUCCUUCAGCUUGGAUCGGUCGCAGCUCCGGGCGAAUUUCAUGGCCCGCGACAAACGCGCGGCCAGAGCCGGCGUGGGCGAGCCCCUGCGCGCUCCGACCCGUGGGGAACUCCCGCGCGCGGUCCCUGCCCCUGGCCGGCGCCUCCGAUGCGCUCUGAGUCUCUCGCCGCUGCUGCCGGCUCGCCGCGGUCUGCCUUUCCUAGUAGCUGCCUGAGUUGGAAAGAAGAGGAUGACCGAGGUGCCUUGGUCGGCUGUCCCCAACGGGACGGAUGCUGCCUUCCUGACUGGCCUGGGCUCGCUUUGGAGAAACAGUACUGUAGCCUCAACUGCAGCAGUUUCCUCUUCAUUCCAAUGUGCCCUGACCAAGACUGGUUUCCAGUUCUACUACCUGCCGGCCGUCUACAUUUUAGUGUUCAUCAUAGGCUUCCUAGGCAAUAGCGUGGCUAUCUGGAUGUUCGUUUUCCACAUGAAGCCUUGGAGCGGCAUCUCCGUGUACAUGUUCAAUUUGGCUCUGGCCGACUUUUUGUACGUGCUCACCCUACCAGCCCUCAUCUUCUACUACUUCAACAAGACUGACUGGAUCUUCGGGGAUGCUAUGUGCAAGCUGCAGAGAUUCAUCUUCCAUGUAAACCUCUACGGCAGCAUCUUGUUCCUCACCUGCAUCAGCGCACACAGGUACAGCGGCGUGGUGUACCCUCUCAAGUCUCUGGGCAGGCUCAAGAAAAAGAAUGCCAUUUAUGUCAGUGUGCUGGUGUGGCUCAUUGUGGUGGUGGCCAUCUCCCCUAUUCUCUUCUACUCUGGCACUGGGAUUCGGAAAAACAAAACUGUCACCUGCUAUGACACCACGUCCGAUGAUUACCUGCGAAGUUAUUUCAUCUACAGUAUGUGCACGACUGUGGCCAUGUUCUGCAUCCCUUUGGUGCUGAUCUUGGGCUGUUAUGGAUUAAUUGUUAAAGCUUUGAUUUACAAUGACCUGGACAACUCUCCGCUCCGGAGGAAAUCCAUUUACCUGGUGAUAAUUGUCCUGACGGUGUUUGCUGUGUCUUACAUCCCUUUCCAUGUGAUGAAAACAAUGAAUUUGCGAGCACGGUUGGAUUUCCAGACCCCAGAAAUGUGUGAUUUCAACGACAGGGUUUAUGCCACUUAUCAGGUAACAAGAGGUCUAGCAAGUCUCAACAGCUGUGUGGACCCCAUUCUUUAUUUCUUGGCUGGAGAUACAUUCAGAAGAAGAUUGUCCCGAGCCACCAGGAAAGCUUCCAGGAGGAGUGAGGCCAAUUUACAAUCCAAGAGUGAAGAAAUGACUCUCAACAUUUUAUCUGAGUUCAAGCAGAAUGGAGACACGAGUUUGUGAAGGCACGAGAUCCAAACUCCUGAGUUUUGUAACAUGGUCACAAGACGUCCCUGAGAUGACCUAUGCAUGCACAGGUCAAGAAGAAACAACACUCUAUUGACCAAAAGACCAGUGUGUGCCACCUGAGUAGGGGUUUUCAUAUACAGUUAUGUUGACGUUUUGUUGAAAGACACCUAAAACUGUAAGAUUUAGCGAGUCAUUAAACUUCACACUACGAAGAUGUCUUCAUUCCAUUCCAAGCUCAAGGGUUUGUUUUUCUUGUUGCUGUCUGUUGUUAUUCCUUACAAAGUGCUGUCUCUGACUCUUUGAAGGUUGCUUUGAACCUGCAUUGAUCUAAAAUGAUAAAUUAAGAAGAAACUUAGCACACGAGACGGAAUUCAAAACUAAAACCAUGAUGUGGCCACUGAGAAGAAACUCGGAAGCCCAUUCUUCAUGAACAGGAAAAGUGACAGGACACCAUUUGUUGAUGCCGUAGGUGCUGUGGUAAAUCUUGGAAAGCAGUGAGAACUGUUUGGAAUCUGCUUCUCUGCUUCCUAGGAUUCUCCAGUCUAGUCUUUGGAUAAAGUUCUCAUUUUCCACCAACUGUGGUAUGGAAAGGUUGAAACCUGUAAAUCUCUGGUCACUCAGCCAGGACACUAACCCAUCUUGAUAUAACACAUAUCAGUACUUAGUAGCAGCUAGAAUUCAACUAUCGACAGGACUUAGAAGAUGUGAUACUCGUAAAUAUGUAUUGAAGCUUUUCUUCUAUUGGUUGAAUGUAAUCAUUGUAAUAGUAUUUAUUGAACAGGUUUGUGGUCCUUCCGUUGUACAGAUUGAAGAUACAAUGUACUAGUGUAAAUUCUAUUUAUUGCAGUGUAUAAUGUUCAAAUGUCACAUGUAUAUUUUACAGUAAUAUAUAAUGCUAGAUAAAAUGAGAAUUAUAUUUAAGAUGCUUUUUUCAGAUAUUAGUAACUUUGAACUUUUAAGACCAGUUUGUAUUUGUAUCUAAAUGAUGAAAAUGUGCUUUAUAACAAGUGUUUAAUUUUCUCUAGAUUUGAACUUGCAUGCUUUCCUUUUGUGUGGGGAUCUUGCUAUAAAGACAUGAUUUGGUAUUAGAUUAUUGUAAGAUUUAUAACAAGUAUAGGAUAUUUUAGACAGGUUAUAUAUUGCAUACAUUAUAUAUGUAUAUUUAUAUUAUAGAAAGUUUGUGUUGUCUUUUCAGAAAGUUUAGAAUAUUGCUCUAACUAUGGUCGCAGCUUCCACUGCCAAAGGCUAAAGGCUUGUCUCCUAUUCAAAAUUGAUGAUUUAGAUGUCUAGUAGGUUGGGUGGUAUGGAUAUAAUGUGAGAAUUUAAAGACAAACUUUAGUGAUACAGGGAGAGAAAAGUGUUUUCUACUAGAUCUUGAAGCGUUACAAUGUAUUUUUUUUCUUAAGGCAACAUAGUACAAUCUUCUUUGAGGUGUUUUUUUUGUUUGUUUGUUUGUUUUGUUUUAUUGGUUUUUUUUUGUUUUGUUUUGUAACACUACCAAGAAAUUGAGCAUUGCUAUUGAUUUUAAUCUGUUUUCUUCAGGCAGUUGGUAACUUAAUGCCAACAUGUUAAGUGAUACCUAUGUCAUUUGGCUGCUAAAUUCUGUCAUUUUUUUUUAAUGAAGGUGAAUUUAUGUUACAUUUCAAAAUUUGUACAUUUGAGUUACAUUGUUUUAGCGCUUUUGCAAGAAAAUUUUAUUUUUAUAACAUUUGUGAUUUUCAUGUAGAAGAUUGAAACAGAUAUCUGUAGUUAACAGUGCUAUUGAGUGGUAUGGAGCAGUGUUACUGGGCAUUUUGAGCCUUCUCAGGUCUGUCUCAUCAGUGGUAGCUUAAAAACCUCUGGGUUGAUUGUGUAUAAUUGCCUUUGUAUUCAAAAGAGGUUCAUGUCCGGUAAAAGCACAGUAUUGUUUGACUGCAGGGAGCUGCAGAAUCGCCCAUGUUUCUGUGACUUUGCUCGUGUGUGUGUGUGUGUGUGUGUGUGUGUGUGUCCCAGGCAUGGCAGCCAACCUUGUAUCUGCUAUUUAUAAUAACAGCAGAGCUUCAUAACUAUGUUCAUUAGAAUCGUUCUUAUCAUAGAAAAUUAAAACUGAGAUUCAAUAAAACUAUGAAACAUGGUG